UUUCUCAUUGGCCGAUUCUUUCACUUUCUUAAAUCCUCUUUCCCCUUCCCUUUCCCUUUCCCUUUCCCUCCCCCACUCUCAUCCCCCACCCCCUACCUCUCCACGCUCCCGACUUCUCCUUUCUUUAUAUAACUCCCUACCCCCCCUUCCCGCCGCCCUCCUCCGCCCCCGCCGCCAGGACCCCCCCCCCCCCUCCCCUCCUAUUCUACCCACUCCAAACCCUACUUCUUUUUUCCUUUUCCUAUCCAUAUCCAUAUCCAUAUCUCACCUUUUCCUCUGAACAUUCGGUUCUCUUCUCAUCACCUUUCCCAUGGCUGAGUUGACUCAGCCGGAGGUCUACUCGCCCGGGACUCUGCAGGUCUGGAAGACCCUCUUGAACUGGUUGGCUUUCUUCUUCCAGAUCUUUGUUUCCAUCCUCACAGCUUUUGGACACCUUCGUCUUCUUUCUUCUCAUUCUUCUUCCUCUCCGUCUUUUAAACCUUUGCCCGUCGUUGAACUUCCUGACCAUGAGUUGCUUGCUGCCUCUGCUGUUGAUAUUGCUUCUGUUGAAGACGAGGACGAGUCCGAUGGGCUUAUGGAGAAACUGACGAUAGUUCUCGACUUGGAUGAAACACUCAUAUGUGCAUAUGAAACAUCUACUUUGCCUGCUAUUAUUCGCAGUCAAGCAAUAGAAGCUGGAUUGAAGUCUUUUGAACUCGAGUGCUAUUCUUCAGACAAGGACUGUGAAGGGAAGCCUAAGGUCAACUAUGUUACUGUCUUUGAGCGGCCCGGUUUGCAUGAUUUCUUAAAACAUCUAGGUGGAUUUGCAGAUCUUGUACUCUUCACAGCUGGUCUUGAAGGGUAUGCAAGACCUCUUGUCGACAGGAUAGAUGAAGAAAAUCGAUUUAGUCUUAGACUGUACAGGCCUUCAACGAUUAGCACGGAAUACCGAGAUCACGUGAAGGAUCUAUCCUGCCUAUCAAAGGAUCUAAGAAGAAUAGUCAUCGUUGACAACAAUCCUUUCAGUUUUUUACUCCAACCUCUAAAUGGAAUUCCUUGCAUUCCAUUUUCUGCAGGGCAACCACACGAUUCACAGCUCCUAGAUGUCAUUCUUCCACUUCUAGAGCACCUAUCGCAGCAGAACGACGUCAGGCCGGUGCUGUACGAAAGAUUCCAUAUGCCUGAAUGGUUUCAGAAGCAUGGAAUUCCAACCUACGUCAAAUAAAGAUUUGUGCAAGAGAAAAGGUACAUUCUUCUUCUCUGCACCAUGUCAACAGUUGACAUAGUUAGCUUGUUCAAAGGGCAGCACCUUCAUAAGUCAGAUGUUGAUUCUUGAAGUUUUGUAUAGCUCCACCAUGUUGUACAUCAUGGAUAUGAUCCCAAAUAGUUUCAUCCCAUUGUUUGAAAAUUAUAUAUAGUGUUAAAAUUUGUAAAUUGUGUAGGAAUUCUGAUUUGUAAUUUAUUCAUGCAAUGCUGUUGGAUAUGUUUGUAGGAAUUUCUUCAACCUUUUACCAAUAAAUAGUUUGAGUUUCUCCGCCA